UCUCCAUGUCUGGGAUUCCUCCGGAGCUGCCCCAGCUGUGCUCGUGCCGAGGGAGCCGGCAACGUCUUUGAGUUGGAGGAAAUUCUUCUUGUCCUAGAGACGAGUGCGCUCGUGUUAUGAAAAUAUGGCGAAGAAGAGAGUGUCGUUUCCCGCUCCGACAGAAGCACCGGUACCGGUAAAAAUUGCUGCAGAGGAAGAGAAUACAUCGAUAUCAACCCCGUCGACGUCUCUCGUCUCGGUUCCUCAGUCAACCAAAAGCUUCAAAUUGGCUGCGUAUGCUGCUAAAUGUGUGAAACCCGAAACGAACAAGCCGAGAGUGAUAAAGAAUCUCAAGCAGGUGACGACGGCCGAACGACUCUAUCCCAGCGGCGUAGCGUCGUAUGCCUCGAUCGAAAUGCAUCAAACAAUGAAACCGGCAAAGAAAUACUCCGAUAUCAGUGGUCUGCCGGCGAAAUACACCGACCCCCUCACGAAGCUCUACUACGCAGACUCGGAAGAAUUUGCGAAAAUCCGACUGUUGUCCUCCGAACAGGUCCUCGGAUACCUGUCGCUGAGACGAGCCAAUGUACCGAUGUCUUAAAAAGUUCAAGAACGGAGAUAUAUUGUACAGAUUUAUUUCAUUCAUCUUUCUGUGAACCAAACGACAAUGUCAACUACUUUGUACAGGAACAUUAUUAUCAUUAAACAAUUAUGGUCACAGUUCUGAGAUCUA